UCAUUUUUAGUGGGCUGUAGCGUUCAUUCGAACUUUUGAUCUAUUAAAACACCGCAGGGGAGCUGAAUAAAUAUAGCUGCUUCUUCUGGUUAAGCCCUCAUUCAGAAGCCCCAAAUUAUGUUUGAAUCUUUUAGGAUCGCUUUUUAAUUAGCCUGCGUGCGUCUCCACUAAACAACACCCAAUUGCAGAGCCUCAAUGGAACGUGGUCAAUAUGCAAAAUUGAUGACUAUGCCUCUUUUGUGGAAGGGACAUUGUGUGUCCCUUGCUUAUGAAGUCUAAUCCAAUCAUAAAUUGCACUCUCUGGCCAAUCAGCGCUCCCGGCACGGCGCUUGAAAGCGACCCAUGUAGAGAACUUUGUUGAACCUCAUUGUUGAGGCUGACAGUUCUGAAAGGAGCUUUGGGGCAGCCUGCUAUAAAACGCCUUCCCCAGAGUAGAGGGGCCAGAGGAGUAGAGCUAGUCAGUCCGAUUGGAACCUAUCAGAUCCUCAUUUGUUCUUGACGGAGUAUUUCAACAGAUCGUUUCGUGUUGCGUUAUACUACAGACGGGACCAUGAUGAUCCCAAGCAUCCUUGCGCCUAAUGCGAUGUACCCAGGCCUUUACCGCCCCUCCGCCUCCUUGCCUGUACACCAGUCCCUGCAGAACGCAUUUCCAACCCAUUCCAGCUUCCUAGUGGAGGACCUGCUGCGGAUAAGCAGGCCGGCGGGGUACCACCUCAGACGGACGCUCCCCUCGGCAAGCGUCUCCCCGGCGACAACCACCACCACCAUGUCCUUCAGUGCCAUGCCACUGGAGCGCAUCGCCUCUCCAACUGCCUUGAGGCGUGACUCAUACUCGCCGAAAACGUCACAACCGAGCAGUAAAGAUCCAACAUAUCUUAAGUUUGGAGUCAGCGCAAUCCUUGCACCAUCACCAAAGACCGUAUCGUUGCCCCCCGCUAUCCACCACAGUAUGCACCCCAAGGCCUUCUCUCUCCCCUACUUCGACGGAUCCUUCCACCCCGCCUUCUUCAGGUCUACAUAUUUCCCAGCGUCUUCAUCGGUCGUGCCCAUCCCCGGAACCUUCUCUUGGCCGCUGGCCAGCAGAGGGAAGCCGAGGAGAGGGAUGCUCAGACGGGCAGUGUUCUCUGACGUGCAGCGCAAAGCUCUGGAGAAGAUGUUCCAGAAGCAGAAAUACAUCAGCAAACCAGACAGGAAGAAGCUGGCCUCAAAGCUCGGUCUCAAAGACUCACAGGUUAAAAUCUGGUUCCAGAACCGCAGAAUGAAGUGGAGGAACUCUAAAGAGAGGGAGCUCCUGUCGUCAGGAGGUUGUCGCGAGCAGACCCUGCCCACUAAAACGAACCCACACCCAGACCUCAGCGACGUCGGCAAGAAGUCCUCCGCGGAGGAAGAGGAGGACGAGAUGGAAGAGGACCCAUUCGGUGCUAGAGGCGCGCCUGGCCUUUGCCAUUCCCCCGCGGCGAGGCGCGAGUUGUCUAACAGCGCCGGAUCGAACCUCUCGUCGCCAUCUCUCUCCAGCAAGCACUCGGAGUUCUCAGAAUCGGAUGAAGAGAUCACAGUUUCAUAAUUUAUUUGUUUAUAAAAUGGUUAUCCACAGAUUAACUGUACAUGUGUGACCAGGUUUUCCAGAGGCUGCAUCCCUUAAUUUAGACCCAACUACUAAGAAGAAAUGUAUUUUUUUCAUGUUCCACCAUUUUUUAGAACAAUGAACUUCUGUCCAAACAAUUUAAGCUAUAUCCAUGAUUAUUUCUUUUUACAAUAACUGCAGGGUUUAUUUUAUAGGAAGGGCCGGCUCUCGCCUUUGACAGCAGAGUUUUAAAGUCAAUUUCAUUCAAUUCUACACAUUUUGCCAUGUGGCAUAUGGAAAAUGUGGCAGUUUUAAAGCAAGUUUUCAGCAGUUCUAUAUAU